AUGUCAGAUAAUGCAGAAUUACUCGGUUACAAAGCCAAGGAAGCUUUCGAUGCUUCACAGUUACUUGAGUCUACCCAGCGCUCGAAUGCGCUGCUAGCGAUACGCGACGAGCUACAACACCGCAAAGAGGAGGUUUAUGCAGCAAACGAGCGUGAUUUGAAGGAAGCAGCUACACUGGUCGAACAAGGCAAGCUAUCAGCGCCAUCGAUGCGCAGGCUGGCGUUGAACAACGAUACCAAAUUCAACGGCAUCAUCCAAUCACUCGAGGAAAUAGCCUCGCUCGAUGAUCCUAACGACAAGAUUAGCUAUGCUGUUGAAUUGGAUGAUGAGCUGGAGUUGUACAGAGUCGCGUGUCCAAUUGGCGUGCUCUUGGUGAUAUUCGAAUCACGUCCAGAAGUCGUCGUCAACGUCGCUGCACUCUCUAUCAAAUCGGGUAACGCGGCGAUACUCAAGGGCGGUAAAGAAUCGAAACACACAUCUCAAAUACUAAACAGCGUGAUACAAGAGGCACUCAAAUCACGCACUCAACUUCUCCCUCACCUCAUCCAGACUAUCAACACUCGCGACGAGGUUAGUAGUCUCCUUCAUCUCGACAAAUAUAUCGAUCUUGUCGUUCCUAGAGGUGGAAAAGCGUUGGUUCAGAGUAUUAAAGAGAAUAGCAGAAUUCCCGUUAUGGGUCAUGCAGAUGGAAUUUGCUCCGUCUAUGUCGAUCAAUUUGCAGAUCUCAAUAAGGCAGUGCGCGUAGUAGUCGACUCUAAAACAGACUAUCCAAGUGUUUGUAACGCCACCGAAACUCUCCUCCUGCACCGCUCUCAACUGAGCAAUUUGGACACUAUAGCUUUGGCGCUGUUGAAGAAUAAGAAUCCAGUGACUAUGCACUGCGAUCAGACGUCGUUUGAGAAUAUCUCCAAAGAUGUUCAUCAGCAAUUUUCCAGUCAGCUCUUGCUCUCCACAGAUACCGACUACCACACUGAGUGGCUCGAUUACGAGAUAUCAGUAAAGGUUGUCGACAGCAUAAACGAGGCUAUCGUGCACGUCAACACUCACGGCUCCCAUCACACAGAUUGUAUUGUUACUGAAAACAGCACCAACAAGAACACCUGGAUGAAGGGCGUUGGCAGCGCUGGGUGCUAUGUCAACGUUUCGACUAGAUUCGCUGAUGGGUUUAGGUAUGGAUUUGGCGCUGAAUUUGGUGUAGCCACUGGCAAAACUCACGCUAGAGGUCCUGUCGGUUUAGAGGGACUGGUUAUAUACAAAUACAUACUCAGGAGUAUUGCAGACAAUGGUCACAUCGUAGGCGAAUUUGGGGAGGGUGGUAAAUCAUUCACUCAUAAUGCAAUCACGGAUAAUCGUCAACCUUGGUAUUGA